AUGGCCCAGCAGCAAGUAGACGGACCUCCCGCGGACGCAUCACCCGCAGCGUCGGGCAGCAUCGCCGCCGACGACGAUGCACCCCCCGCCCCGCCCGAAGUCCUGGACAAGGGCAAGGGCCGCCGCCGCCUGCUCCGCGGCCUGCAGCGCAUCUCUUCUUCUCCAUCCUUGAACGGCCUUCGGCGCUCCAAGUCCGUCGGGAGCCCGUACAGCACCCGCAGCACCUUGUCGUGUGCCAGUCUCACUGCCGCGGGCCCGCCCCAGGCGCAGACGCCGUCCAGUGCUCGAUCAUCCACACCACAACCGUCACCGCUCGGACGACCGCACGCCGCCUCGACCGCGACCUCGGCUUCGACCGCCCCGACUUCUGCGGAAGAAUUUCCGUUCUACGACGACUUGCAGGACGAGCUUGCCGUGCGCAGGGUCGAGCAUGGCGCCUCGCCGCUCUCGCCCGCGACGGCGGCCCUACCCCCAGAGCUGCGCUCGUCAAAGCAGGACGGCCAGCUCAGGGCCCGGGCAGCGUCUAAGCUCGCUCAGAAGCCCAAGUUCCCGUUCUGGGAAAACAUGCCAUACGAGCUUUGCAUCCAUGUCUUCUCUUACAUGAGGCCCAAGGAGCUCGUCCAGUUGUCCCGAGUCAGCAAGAUGUUCUACAAGUUCUGCUUCGACGGCCAACUCUGGACUUCCUUCGAUGCUUCCGAAUUCUACCAAGAAAUUCCGGCAGAGUCUCUUGCCAGGAUAAUCGUUGCGGCUGGUCCAUUCAUCAAGGACCUUAACCUCCGGGGUUGCGUGCAGGUUGAGCACUACAAGCGAACCGAGGUCAUCGUCAAGGCUUGCAGGAACCUCAUGAACGCUACCCUGGAGGGCUGUCGCAACUUCCAGAAACAUACCCUACACAAUCUGCUCAAGAGCAACGAGAAAUUGGUGCACUUGAACUUGACAGGACUGGCUGCCGUCUCUAAUACUUCAUGCAAGAUCAUCGCCGAAUCGUGCCCCCAGCUCGAGAGCUUCAACGUGUCUUGGUGCGAGAAAGUGGAAGCCAAGGGCAUCAAGGCCAUCAUCGACUCAUGCUCCCGGUUGAGAGACCUCAGAGCUGGCGAGGUGCGCGGCUUCGACAACGUGGCCACGGCCGAGUCCAUCUUCAACACCAACAACCUCGAGCGGCUGGUGCUAUGCGGCUGUGUCGAGCUUACCGACGAGGCUCUCAAAGUCAUGAUGCACGGAAAGGACCCGGAGAUUGACCUUCUUACGGACCGACCUGUAGUUCCGCCCCGAAAGCUGCGACAUUUGGAUCUCAGCCGCUGCAACCGAUUGUCGAAUGUCGGUGUCAAGUCUAUCGGCUAUGUUACCCCGGAGCUGGAAGGGCUCCAGCUCUCCGGCUGCAAGGCCCUGACGGACGGCGCGCUUGAGCCCAUACUUGCCUCGACUCCUCGGCUCACGCAUCUUGAGCUGGAGGACCUGGAGGAGCUGACGAAUUCGCUUCUCUCCGAACACCUGGCCAAGGCUCCUUGCGCGGCGACCCUCGAGCACCUGUCACUUAGCUACUGCGAGAACAUUGGCGAUGUCGGAAUGCUGCCGGUCAUGCAAAAGUGCGUGCGUCUUUGCAACGUGGACAUGGACAACACGCGCGUCAGCGACUUGGUCCUUGCAGAGGCCGCGUCCAUGGUAACCAAGCGCUCAGAGCGUUCGACGAGCGCGGAUGUGCGCCCGAGGAUGACGCUACAGCUCGUGGUCUACGACUGCCAGAAUGUAACCUGGACGGGAAUCCGGGAGGUGCUCUUCCGCAACGCGCAGAUCCGACCGGCCUCGGGGCAAUCUGGCGCAGCGACAUAUCCCACCGAAAUCAUUGGAUUGAAGUGCUUUUACGGCUUUCAAAUGACGGUGGACGAACACCAAAAGAGGCUGCUGCGAGGUGAUCUCUCAUCAGCCAGCAGAUUGGAACGGAAAUGGGCCGACUACAUGCAAGCGAGCGAAGAGGCCGGCGUUGGCGGCGCGGGCUACAGGCGGCGACGACGUCGCGCCCGGGAAGCGCACGCACUUCACCAGAACGAGGAGGACGGUGGCAUUGUUGGGCGGCGGAGGGCCCGAACGAUGGGAUCCUGCUCGGUUAUGUGA